AUGGCCGGGAAUGGCCCCGACCUCGAGAAUAUGGUGGUCGUACACCAAUCCUUCCAUCCAGAGUUUAUCGUCUUAUCGUUUAUCGUGAGCUUCGUUGGCUGUGCGACAUGUCUCGAGCUUCUGCAUCGGCGAACAGCUCGUCUCGGACUCUAUAACUGGUAUCUGCUCAUCACUGCUGCCGUGUGCAUGGGAGGCAUCGGGAUAUGGUGCAUGCACUUCAUCGGAAACUGCGCAAUCCGGCUGCAUCGGGGCGACCUGCAGUACCAGAUAUCGUACUCUUCCUCCUUCACUGCAACCUCCUUCUUCCUGCCGAUUGUCGUGCUCCUGUUCGCCUUUUACUUCAUCGGCGCCAGUGAGAGAGCCGGCUACUGGUACAUCAUCGCCACGGGGACCCUGACCGGAAUAGCUGUCUGCGGCAUGCACUAUGUCGGCCAGCUGGGAAUUGCAAACUACUUGUGCACCUAUAAGGUCGGAAACGUAGUUGGCGCGGCCGUCAUUGCCAUCUGCGCCAGUAUCACUGCCCUGGGCGUCUUCUUCAGGCUCCGGGCAUCAUGGACUGACGACUGGUGGAAACGGCUCUUCUGCGGCCUCAUUCUGGCCUCUGCCGUCUCCGGCAUGCAUUGGACCGCCGCCGUUGGAACGAACUAUCGAGUGACAAACGCCAUCGGCACAUCUACCCAGCUUUUCUCUUCCUCGCAGGCCGUCAUCAUCUGCUGCACACUGUCACUAAGCUCGUGCUUUUUCUUGAUCUGUCUGGCUGUGAUCGCCGGCCGCCAGCGCAAGAGGAUGGCCAAGAGAGUCCAGCAGCUCUCUCUUGCCUGUGCCUUCUUCGAUGCCUCUGGAAGUGUCAUGGUGGCACCAGAUGGCAGCAUCCCAACGCACAAGAUCACGAAUCACUAUGUUGAACGAAGCUUCGCCGAUGACGAGUUUAACAGAGUACACCCGGCAUUCCUCUGGGCUUUCAGAGCAAGCCGAAACUGGGAGCAUCUAAAACAGUUCAUACGAGGCAUGAACUACAAUGUCAAGUCUGAUGACUCAAUGAAGCAAUACUACCCGGGCGCUGCCACCACCCCAGAUACAGGGGACAACAACGUCAACUUCGAACUAGUCUUCAAGCAGCUCUUCUGCAUAGCGGCCAACGGCCUCUCAGAACAGCUGCGCCUGCCGCUGGAGAAGCUGGGAGUGCUCUACGACGACGUUGUGCUUACCGGAACCCAGUCAUCGAAAAAAACCAAACGCCGUGUCGGCGACCCUGAAGCAUCGCCCGCACCAUCGACCAUCGUGGGCAAGGGCCAGUGUAUAUUUAUAGUACGCCAGCUCAGCAAGCAGGAGACCAUCGAUCUCUCAAUGUCGGGCUACCGUUUCGCUGCUCCCAAUCACAUCUCGGCUACUCUGGCCAGGCUGAUGCAGGUCGAGCCCAGGGAUAUGCUGGACAAUCUGACGCGGAUGAGAGACUACUCCGCGCCCGAGAAGAUGCUCGAUCCUGGCGUCUAUCUGGUGGGAUUCUCGCUCUACCCUUCUGUCUGGACUGGAUUCGACGUGCUUGUAUAUGGCGACGCUCCGAACCUGCUCCCCAACGUGCGGUUGCCCAUAGAGGCAGUGACACAGCAACACCUAGACAUAUUAUCACGGAUGGAUGGCUGGCCGCUCUCCCUCUGCUUGAAGUGGCUCAAGGCCAACGGCGGCUUCGAGGACCUCGAGGCCCAGAAGUUCUGCCAGGCCGUGUACGGAGCGGCAUCGAAUCUCUCUGCCUCGGUCGACAGCCCGACGUUUGCCCAGGCUAGAUUCUCGUCUCGCCAGAUCAAAAUUCCCUGCCGGUCGCCGGGCCACGCAGAGGCAACGGGCCAGUGUGUUGCAUUCUCCUUCCAUAUUAUAAACGGGCUACUGACGCGGACGACACCGCCACAUCUACGCCUUGCUCCUCUGCGGUUGUUCAACGUGCAGCAGCAGGUAUACCCAGGCAUCCCCGACCAUGAAGUAUUCCAGGAAAGCAUACGGGACGAGUUCGGACAUUGUCUGUAUGACGACGACCUCAAGGGUAAUAAAUCGCCCAUUCCCCCCUCGACGGCCCAGUCAAUGAUUCUACGGGCCAACUCCCUGAUCCAUCCCGGGGACGACAAUGGGAGGGAAAGUAGCGAUAGACCGUCGAGUUCAUGGCGGCCUGCGAACGGCGGCAUCAUGAUCCGCAACCAGAUCACAGUGGACGUAUCGCAAGGGGAGGAGCCAAGGCGGUCGAACGGGGCCUUUGAGAUGCAGACUGUCGGGGCGACGGUAGAAGCAGGCUACGUCAAGGACGAAAACGAGACCUUCGUCGACGAGCUCUGUGCCAUUUGCCGAAAAGCAGCUGCCGAGCCGGACAGGACAACCUAG